AUGUCCAGUCAACAUCAGGACAUUACCCUUGAACCCACUGGCUUGAAAAAGGCGUCGCUGCCUCAGGGCGAAGACUUCCAAGCGGAAGUGGCGUCUGUACAGGAUCUCCUGGCUCUCGAUCUCACGGACCCCGAGAAGGAGAUAGAUGGCGUUAUCCUGAGCCAGCUAGGAGUUGUGGUGGGGCUCCUCCUACCUCUCAACUGCCAGACCCCGGUGGAUAUCAACCUCGUCGGGACCUUCGAUGCUGGGACAGGUCACAUUGUCCCGUACCAAGCCGGAUGCUUGCUUUUCAUUCGUCCUCCGUGGCGUAACAAUGGAGAGUUCCAUGUUCUCUACAAGAACGACGAGCACCGGCCACUUCGGCUUUCAAUGAAACUUCUCAGGACGUCGGCCGAUCUCAUCUACUACGACGAGUGGACGACCUCCCCCAAGGGUCCGAUGAAGUUGGAUUCAGUCCCGAAGAAGAUCAUCAGCUUCUAG